GCAGGGGGUAGAACAUGAGAGAAGGAGGGGGCUAAUUAAACGUGAAUGUUCUCUGUUUGGGUUUUCUUUUUGGGGGUGGUUGCUGUGGGCAUUUUUGCAGCUUCCAUCUCAAAAUGUUGAGACAGGGAAGGGGGGAGUAUGCAAGAGACGGCGAGAGAGGUAGAACGAAGGAGGGGGUGAGUGAUUAUGUGUCAAAAAAAAAAAAAAGGGAUGUUAGACUCAGUCCUUAAAAAGCUCUGGCACUGAGUUCAUAAGUUCCCAAACUCAAAGCUUCCAACCCCGGACAGUCACAACGAGAUGGUAGAGAGAGAGAGCAGGAAACUGAAAAACUAUUCAGAGGGUAAAUAAACAGAGAGGAUGUUUCUGGUUCUGAGCUGUUCUGAGCUGUCCUGAACGUAAAGUGCGUGAGGAAUAGGAAACAAUCUCCCCCCUCUAGGCUGUCAUCUGGAUAGUGUUGCUUUUAUAUCUGCUGCAUUGUUUUGGCAAACACCACUACAAGUGUGCUGUUGUAGAAAGACAUCUCUCUAGAGCAACCCAUCAAGCAAAGAAAAAGGAAAAAGAAAGAAGCUGAGAACCAGAACUCCGAUCUUCAGAAAAGUUUGGACUAGUGCUAAUCCCAGUGAAGCUCUCUCAUCCGACCUGCUUUCAGAGGAGAGCCCACACUAUUUCAUCCGUCCUUGGAUUAUAUCUUUCCUACCGUCAGCAUUUUCCUGGGAUGGGCUGGCUGCCGUGUCUGUGUUACCUGACAGCGGCAGUAGUUGUGGCGAUUGGCUCGGAAAGACGGCAGCACCAGGUGCAGCAUGGCCCCUGCCGCUACACUUUUAUCCUUCCAGAGGUGGAGCAGUGCCGGCCUGCGGGGGACUUCCAGGUGACUAACUCCCUCCAGCGGGACUCACCCUCGGCCCCGGAGUCGCCCCAUGCUGAACCCACCUGGCAGGAAAGGAAGCUGGAGACCCUAGAGAGUGCCACAGAGAACAAUACACAGUGGCUGCAGAAGCUGGAGAGUUAUAUUCAGGAGAAUGUGAGAUCAGAGAUGGAACGGAAUGUCAUUCACACCCAGACAGCCACUAUGCUGGAGAUCGGAACCAAUCUUCUAAGCCAAUCAGCGGAGAACACACGCAAACUGACAGAUGUGGAGACACAGGUGCUGAACCAAACCAGUCGUCUGGAGAUCCAGCUGCUGGAGUACUCUCUGAGCACCAACCGGCUGGAGAAGCAGCUCUUAGAGCAGACCCAGGAGGUCUCCCGCCUCAAUGACAAAAACAGCUACCUGGAAGAGCGCUUUGCUGCCAUGGAGGCCAAGCACAGCAGAGAGCUUCAGGUCAUCCAGCAGGAAAAACAGCAGCUGCAGGAGCUGCUGGACAGACAGAAUCACCUGGUCAGCCUUCUGGAGGGAGAACUGGCCAGCUCUACUCGAAACAGCACACUGCUCCAACGGCAGCAGGCCACACUCACUGACACAGUGCAGCAGCUACUGGCUAUGGUCGCUCACUGUAACGAUAUUUCGACUCCAAUUGAAAAGGAGAUUGUAAAGUUCAGAGACUGUGCUGAGAUAUUCAAAUCUGGAGUUACAGAAAGUGGGAUAUACAGCAUUCAUCUUCCUAACUCCACCCAGAAAACUAAGGUAUUCUGUGACAUGAAAACUAGAGGGGGAGGCUGGACUGUCUUUCAGCACCGUUAUGAUGGAUCAGUAGAUUUCAACCGUGGCUGGAAUGAUUACAAACUGGGAUUUGGAGAUCUGUCAGGAGAACACUGGUUAGGAAAUGAUGCCAUCCACCUGCUUACCACAUCAAAAGACUACAUUCUUCAGGUCCACCUCAAAGACGCAGAGGGACACCAGGCUUAUUCUCAAUAUGACCAUUUCCACAUUGACGGAGAGGAUAAGAAGUACAGUCUCCAUGCAAGGGGGUUCAGUGGUACAGCUGGACGCACCAGUAGUCUUACCCAAUCAGGAACCCCGUUCAGCACUAAAGAUCACGACAAUGACCAGUGCAGCUGCAAGUGUGCUCAGAUGGCCACUGGAGGGUGGUGGUUUGAAGCUUGCGGGCCUUCCAAUCUCAAUGGGAUAUACUAUUCUGGAAACUCCAAUGUGAUACGCUAUAACAGUAUAAAGUGGUACUACUGGAAAGGGCCGAGCUGGAUGGCGACCAUGACCACUAUGAUGAUACGGCCUGUGGACUUCUAAAAGCAGGAAGGGAUUGUCACAAAUGGGUCAUUUGACUUUACUGACAGCCAAAUAAUCCAAACAAGCUGGUGACAUCAAUGAAAAUUAUGGACAACUUGAGACUUGGACAGCUUGUGCCCAUGUCAUUGUAGCCAUUCAAUCUGUCUCCAUUUUGUUUGUUUAGUCUGGCGAAACAGACACAAAUUACACCAUAAAUGUUUUAUCUGCCUGUAUAGCAAAGCUCUUCCAAUGUAAAAUGCAAUGAACUGGAAUGGUUGAUCAGUGUUCACAUUUGUACUUGAUAUUUGGGCCUGAUGUCUGUGUGGUAAAACCUAACCUAUCCUCCUCCUCCCUUCAGUGCAUCCUUGGAUCUCCUGAGAUUUCCUCUCCCAUUCUAGUGCUAAUAAAGGUUUAAGAGAGAAUACCUCUAUAAAGUGCUCAAGACACUGAAACAGGUGUAUGUUUUAUAAGUAUAACUUUCAUUAUAAAAUAUAUAUUUGUAAUAAAACAUCAAAUCAGA